AUGGAGCUUUGGUGGAUCAUUUUAGCUGGUUGCGGAGGCGGACUUCUCUUGAUUGCAUACGUGGGUUUUGUCAUCUAUAAAAUUGUUCGUCAUAGAAAGAGGUAAGACCUGUUUUUAACGGCUAAAAAGCUUUAGAUAUAAAUUAAAAGUACGCCUCCAUAAAUGUCUAGCCGGUGACGCAGAGGUUAUAAUGCAUAAACCUUUAUCGAAGCGGUGGAUAUUUGAAAACCUAUCAUUAUUUGGAACGUUCUUAUACAGGAAGCCCAAGCUUAACAAAAAUAUGAAAUAAGAAACCUUGUAUGGCGUAUAACUUUAUUAAAUUAUUAUUGUUGUUACUUACGAUUGUAAAUUAUUACGUAAUAGAACCUGUUAUAACUUCCCCCUUUAAAACGAUAGUUUUUUCCAGUCCUUUGGCAUCUUGUUAUACCAGGGCAAACAAGAACUCAAACGUAGGUGUAAAGAAGGUCUCAGGUAUUUAGAAUAAUUAUUCAUGAAUCUCCAUAUGUCACCUGUUUAUUACAGCUUGGACACGAAUUUUCAUGAACUUAUCGCUUAUAUAACGGGUUUUCUUGAACUGCGACGUAAUAACGCAGUUGCUUCAGAGUUUUCAUGGAGUUCUUGCAGGUAGUGCUUUAUUUCUCGCUGACCGGCGAAAAAUAAAUUUCUGCACAUUCACACCCACUGCGUGUAAUAUAGUUCAGUCCAGUAAAUUUUUAUGUGCAAUAGAUCACAUUUGAGAACUGCGGAUGAAACCGAAAGAUUGUGGAUACAUACGAUCCCCGAAUCCCGGUCACUGACGAAAAGGAUUUGGUUGAUAAUGUGGGCAUCCACAUUCAGUUCAGUCUAGUCUUUUGUUUCUCCGUUGUCCUCCAUCUUUUGGCCUGUAACUAAACUAACUUCAGUCCUAUAACCUUGGAAAUCCGUCAAAACAUAUGUAUAUUCCCAAAAUUUAGAGCUUGUAAAAUGUCAGACUGCGAGCCGUCUUUACUUGGUCUUUUAGUUGGUGGGAUAGUUGGUACAGAUGCGCGUCUAGACCUCCCCUCUCGCGUGAAAUCCCUCCAUUUUCGGAGCGACCGUUCGCAGUCAAGCAUAAAGCCACAUGUUUACAAACAUAUAAACAGAAUUACUAGUAGAACAAACUUGCUUGUUGUGUCUUUCAAAGGUUUUUCAUUUAUUGCGUUCUUAAUUUCGGUUGCAGGAAGUACCAAAGGGACCCGGAGGGACUGACGGACGGUAGAGAUUGGACAGUCCACAUACACGAACAUUUCGAAAGAAGAGUAGACGGUCUGUGUAUGGAUACCAUUUCAGGUUCGGCUAAGCUUCGUCGCAAGCCCAUUAUUCCAGGGGAAGAGGAAGCUGUAUUACAAUCUAUUUUCAAGGUAUCAAGCCCACCAAAUGUUCCAAAAGACAAGCACGACGGCCCACAAAGAACAUCAGGCGAUAUGUCACGAUUAAACGGGGUAACUGAACCUGGUAAUACAAGUCCUAAAGUAAUCCAAAGAUCUGAAUACACCUGGGAGAAUUUACUACGUCAACCGAGUGAUGUGAGGAUGACACGAAGCCACACCAUUAAUUAUGAUCUCACAGACUACAGAUCACAAAUGAGGCUGGAUGCAACAACUCGUUCUUUGAAUUUUGACAGAGACCUCCAAAGACGGCAGCAAAAAGUUAGAAGUAAAUCCCUUAGGGCACACAAAUCCCGUGAACCAGAAUCAAACAACUUAAUUUCUGUCGACGAAACAAUACCAUUUACCAGAAUAACUGUCUGCGAGAGAGCUGGUCAGGACAUUCACAAAAACGAAAGCUCGGAAAAAAGCCCUCUGUGCACAAAUACUAUGAAGACGGCGAAUGAACACAGCAAAAGCGACAGGUCCACUGAUAAAAGCAGACGAGUUAGCCGAUCAGGGUCUGUACCAUCUGUGCGAGCCAGGGAAAUGGUCCUACAACGUGAAGGAGACGUUCUUCCACGAGAAAGAAGUGAAUCUCUCCGAUGGAUUCCAGAGCCUGAUUAUCAGUUGGAGUCGAUGGAGGAAAUUGUAAAAAGUGUAAAUAGCCUUGACACAAAAGAACGCCUCGAGAGGAGUAAUCGAAACAAGGAUCUAGUUAAUUUUCAAGCAAAUAAAACCCAAGAUGUGAAUAAAACAAAGAGGAUCAGCAGAUCCGGGUCGGCGCCUUCCACCCAAGCCAAGGAAACAGUAAUGAAAAAUGAAGCGGACGGACCCCAACGGAAAAGAAGUGUAUCACUUCGAUGGAUUCCAGAGCCAGACUACCAAUCUGUCACGGUUGAUGAGCUUGUCUCCCCAACUCAAUCUACCGAAGAAGAUUAUCACAGACAAAAAGCAAUACGCAGUGAGUCUGGAAGUGGGGAACUAGUCGGCAUUAAGAAAACAGAAAAUUUGGACAGAAAUAAGAACGAAUCGUCUAGUCCUUUCAGCAAAGACGGUGGUGAUUUUGUUCGUAAAUUCUCAAUACCGGGUGUUGCCCAGCGUAUAUCGACAGAUAAGGCUUUAGAGAAAAGCCUUGCCACUGUAAGUGACUUACAUAAUGAAGAAGCGGGCUUAGACAAGGAUCGCAUUCAGGCUUUCGAUCAUCAAAUUCCACCAGAAAGGCCAAACUCUGGCCAGUACGAAGGUACUACAGCCAAACGAAAUACAGUUGAUGAAAGAGCAGCGAACCAAGAACAUUCCAAUAGCAACAGAGACCCAGAAACACGGGUAAAUCUUAAGAAAACACCAGCAGCAGAAGAAAAGAGACAUGAAUAUGUUAUAGGGAAUACCCAAAGUGUCGUAUCUUCUGUUAAUAAACCAUCAGAAGUCGCAUCGAUUGGGAAAAUGAAAAUCGUAAAAAACGAGACUCGCCCUUGGAUGGUCAGUCAGGAAAGAACUCUCAAGUAUCCAAUAAAAGACAAUUCCGCGACUGGUUUAAAUUCAACUUCCACACAGCCAAAAUCACAACCGACGUCGACGGGAAAUGCGGCUUAUGAACACAACAAACCUGACCUGGGGUCACGUCUAAGCACAAGUGACCUGGUAAAGGCCGCUUUGAGGAAUCACACCAAGAGCAACGACUUUAAUAACAAUAACGUAGUCACUAUGCCAUUAACUACAACAGCGCCACCUUCAGACAAUCAAGUUCUGGAGGUAUCAGAUAUAGCCCUCAAAGCAGACUCGAGUUUGGCAGCAACCGACCUAAACCCGAAUGUCUCAACACCAAGAGAUAACGACGCCGGUCUCACACUUGAAGAAAGGAAGAAACAUUGGAAGCGUGAGCAGAUAGUCGAUCAGCUACAUAGUGCUCGACAAAAUAACGUAAACCAGAACUUCAUAUUUGGAACGGGUCUAGCGUACCAGUCUUGUAUGCCAGAACUGCAAAACAAACUAAAACAACUAACAAUGACAAAGUAA